AUGUCUCACUUCUUAGACAGCGUUUCCACCAUCAUUACUGUCUUUCACCAACAUGCAAAGGAAGAUGGAGACCAAUCCAAACUCAACCGAAGGAAGAUGAAGGAGUUCAUCCAGAAGGAAUUUGCAGAUGCCAUAGUGAACCCACACGACCCUCAGACAAUUGACAAGAUUCUGCAGUUUCUGGAGUGGGAUGGGGAUGGGGAAAUCGAUUUUAAUGAGUUCCUGCUUUUAGUAUUCAGAGUGGCUAAGGCCUGCUACUGGUACCUGCAGAGGGGACAAUGCCUUCUGCAAAGAACAAAGCUGAUAACCAGCAGCAAGACAGUCCAAGAGCCUGAAAUUAAGAACAGAGGGAGCCGUCAGCAGCUCCAGGAAGAGGAAUCACAAACACCUGAGCGCAAUCGCCAUCCCCCCUGCAUACCUGAGCCACAGCGAGACACCAGGGUCCAGGAUCUUGAGACACACGAGGAGACGGGAAGUCAUCGCCAGCAACGUAACACACAAAGUAGAGCUGAUGCAAGACAAAGCACCAGGCCGAGGGAAAUGAUCCCUCGGGAAUAUGAAGAACAAAGCCAAGAGCCAUGCGACCAACGAAGCAGCCGAAGACGUCAGCCACCCGAGCUGGACAGACUGGGAGAUUUACAAAACCACAAGCGCGGCAGCUUGAAGACAGCACAGAGAGAUGAGAGACAAAAUCAAGAGAAGCCUCAACGAGGACAACUAGCAGACGUGAGGAGCUGCAGCCAUUCCUGUGAACCACAGUUGCUGCCAGACCGGCGGAGUGGCCGUCAGCCACGUGAAUCAACAUUGCCAGUGUAUGAUCAAAGAAACCAUCGACCACAAGAUCAAGAGGCAGUGGCACAUGGAAGAAGCAGCCGUCAGCCACAUGAGCCAAAAGAAGCAGAUAAAGGAAGGCACAAUCAAAUGCAAAAGCCUGAAUUACUCAAAGAUGAGAGAAGCCGCAACCACCUACGUGAGCUGGAACAAAAAGAACUUGAAAGAAGCAGCCGCCAGCCGUGCAGGCCUGAAUACCUGGAUUCAGAAAGGCUGCAUCAGUCAUACCUCCAGGAACCGCUAGUAAUAGACCACAGAUACAAUAAUACAAGGAAGCUGGAAGAAGACUACUAUGAACAAGGGAAAACACAGAAGGAUAGGAGACCACGUGAAUCCAUGACGUAUGAAAGGACAAGAGAAGACACUGUGGCUGAAGCUGAAGCUGAUGUAGAGAUCCGACGUGUGAUACAAAACAGGGAGAGAGAAGAGGAAGCCAGGAGACCCCGUGAAUCAGUGAGGUAUGAACGGACACAGGAGGACAUUGAGGCUGAAGCUGAAGCAGAUGUGGAGAUUCGCCGUGUAACCCAAGAAAGGGACAGAGAAGAGGCCAGGAGACCUCGGGAAUUGGUGAGAUCUGUGAGGAUACGAGAGGAUAUUGUAGCUGAAGCCGAAGCCAAUGUGGAGAUCCGACGUGUAACCCGAGAAAGGGACAGAGAAGAGGGCAGGAGACCCCAUGAGUCGGUCAGGUAUGUGAAGACACGGGAGGAUAUCGCAGCUGAAGCUGAAGCCGAUGUGGAGAUCCGACGUAUAACAAGAACAAGGGACAGAGAAGAGGCCAGGAGACCCCGUGAAUCAGUGAGGUCUGAGCAGACACGGGAGGACAUUGAGGCUGAAGCCCAAGCAGAUGUGGAGAUCCAACGUGUGACCCGCGAACGGGACAGACAAGAGGCCAGGAGACCCCGUGAAACGGAGAGGUAUGUGAAGACAGGGGAGGACAUUGAGGCUGAAGCCCAAGCUGAUGUGGAGAUCCGCCGUGUGACCCGCGAACGGGAGAGAGAAGAGGCAAGGAGACCACGUGAGCCAGUGAGGUCUGAGCGAACACAGGAGGACUUUGAGGCUGAAGCUGAUGUGGAGAUCCAACGUGUAACACAAGAAAGGAACAGAGAAGAGGCCAGGAGACCCCGAGAAUCAGUGUGGUAUGAAAGGACACGGGAGGACAUUGAGGCUGAAGCUGAAGCAGAUGUGGAGAUCCGACGGGUGUCCCAGGAACACGGGAGACAAGACGACACGAGACCCCGUGAUUCAGGAAGGUACGUGAAAACACGGGAGGACAUCGUAGCUGAAGUGGAAGGAGAUGUGGAGAUCCGCCGUGUAUCCCGCGAAUGGGAGAGAGAAGAGGAAGCCAGGAGACCCCGUGAAUUGGUGAGAUCUGAGAGGACACGAGAGGAUAUUGUAGCUGAAGCUGAAGCUGAUGUACAGAUCCGCCGUGUGACCCAAGUAAGGGACAGAGAAGAGGCCAGGAGACCCCGUGAGUCGGAGAGGUAUGUGAAGACACGGGAGGACAUUGAGGCUGAAGCUGAAGCUGACGUGGAGAUCCAACGUGUAACCCAAGAAAGGGAGAGAGAAGAAGCCAGGAGACCCCGUGAUUUCGUGAGGUCUGAGAGGACACGAGAGGAUAUUGUAGCUGAAGCUGAAGCUGAUGUAGAGAUCCGCCGUGUGACCCAAGAAAGGGACAGAGAUGAGGCCAGGAGACCCCGUAAAAUGGUCAGGUAUGUGAAAACACAGGAGGACAUUGACGCUGAAGCUGAAGCCGAUGUAGAGAUCCGACGUGUAAUCCAAGAAAGGAACAGAGAAGAGGCCAGGAGACCCCGUGAAACGGUCAGGUAUGUGAAGACACGGGAGGACAUUGUGUCUGAAGCUGAAGCCGAUGUGGAGAUCCAACGUGUGACCCGAACAAGGGAGAGAGAAGAGGCAGGGAGACCACGUGAGCCAGUGAGGUCUGAGCGGACAAGGGAGGACAUUGAGGCUGAAGCCCAAGCUGAUGUAGAGAUCCGACGUGUGAUCCGCGAACGGGAGAGAAAAGAGGAGGCCAGGAGACCCCGUGAGCCAGUGAGGUAUGAACGGACACGGGAGGACAUUGUGGCUGAAGCUGAAGCAGAUGUGGAGAUCCGACGUGUAACCCGAACAAGGGACAGAGAAGAAGCCAGGAGACCCCGUGAAUCAGUGAGGUAUGAACGGACACGGGAGGACAUUGGGGCUGAAGCUGAAGCAGAUGUGGAGAUCCGACGUGUGACCCGAACAAGGGAGAGAGAAGAGGCAAGGAGACCCCGUGAAUCAGUGAGGUCUGAGAGGACACGAGAAGAUAUUGUAGCUGAAGCCCAAGCUGAUGUGGGGAUCCGACGUGUAACACAAGAAAGGAACAGAGAAGAGGCCAGGAGACCUCGUGAGACGGUGAGGUAUGUGAAGACGCGGGAGGACAUUGUAGCUGAAGCUGAAGCAGAUGUGGAGAUCCGACGGGUGUCCCAGGAACACGGGAGACAAGACGAUACGAGACCCCGUGAUUCAGGAAGGUACGUGAAAACACAGGAGGACAUCGUAGCUGAAGUGGAAGGAGAUGUGGAGAUCCGCCGUGUAUCCCGCGAACGGGAGAGAGAAGAGGAAGCCAGGAGACCUCGUGAAUUGGUGAGAUCUGAGAGGACACGAGAGGAUAUUGUAGCUGAAGCUGAAGCUGAUGUACAGAUCCGCCGCGUAACCCAAGUAAGGGACAGAGAAGAGGCCAGGAGACGCGGGGAAACAGCGAGGUAUGUGAAGACACGGGAGGACAUUGAGGCUGAAGCUGAAGCUGAUGUGGAGAUCCAACGUGUGACCCGUGAACGGGAGAGACAAAAGCAGGCCAGGAGACCCCGUGAAUCAGUGAGGUAUGAACGGACACGGGAGGACAUUGAGGCAGAAGCCCAAGCUGAUGUGGAGAUCCGACGUGUAACCCAAGAACGCGGGAGACAAGACGAUACUAGAACCCGUGAUUCAGGAAGGUACGUGAAGACACGGGAGGAGAUCGUAGCUGAAGCUGAAGCAGAUGUGGAGAUCCACCGUGAAUCCCGCGAACGGGAGAGAGAAGAGGAAGCCAGGAGACCUCGUGAAUCAGUGAGGUAUGAACGGACACGAGAGGACAUUGAGGCUGAAGUUGAAGCUGAUGUAGAGAUCCACCGUGUGACCCAAGAAAGGGACAGAGAGGAGGCCAGGAGACGCGGGGAAACAGCGAGGUAUGUGAAGACACGGGAGGACAUUGAGGCUGAAGCUGAAGCUGAUGUGGAGAUCCGACGUGUUACCCGCAAACGGGAGAGACAAGACGAGGCCCGGAGACCCCGUGAAUCAGUGAGGUAUGAACGGACACGGGAGGACAUUGAGGCUGAAGCUGAAGCUGAUGUGGAGAUCCGACGUGUGACCCAAGAAAGGGGCAGAGGAGAGGCCAGGAGACCCCAUGAAACGGCAAGGUACGUGAAGACACAGGAGGACAUUGUGGCUGAAGCUGAAGCCGAUGUGGAGAUCAGACGUGUGACCCGAAAAGGAGACGUAGUAGAGGAAGCCAGGAGACCCCGUGAAUCAGUGAGGUAUGAACGGACACAGGAGGAUAUUGUGGCUGAAGCUGAAGCUGAUGUGGAGAUCCAACGUGUGACCCAAGAAAGGGUGAGAGAAGAGGAGGCCAGGAGGCCACAAGAAUUAGCCAGGUUCCAGAGGACACAAGAGGACAUUGUGGCUGAAGCUGAAGCUGAUGUAGAGAUCCGCCACGUUUCCAGAGAACGGUUGCAUGAAGAAGAGGCCAGGAGACCACGUAAAUUGGUGACGUAUGCAAGGACUCAAGAGGAAACUGUGGCUGCAGCUGAAGUGGAGACCUGCCGUGAGGACGUAGAGAGGAGAGAUCGUCUGCAUAGACAUGAGGAACCUGUGGUGGAGAGGAGGACAGUACGGGCACAAGUGAGGGAAGAGGCCACUGUAAAGGAAAGGAGGCUUGAUCGUCAGCAGGACCUGGAAGUGGAGCAAAAUAGGUUCCCAGUACGCGAUGAUCAGGGAAGAAGGCAGGACAGAAGCCUCUACCAAACUGUGGACAUUGAUAGUAAAGACCUCAUCCCCCGUGGAGAAGUACCAUCUGUCACUGAUGUGAGGGUCCGCUAUAUUCCCUCUGACCCUGAUGUACACCCAGAGGUACAGACUGUCCCUGAGCCCUGUGAGCCUCAGACCAUCGCAUAUUUGAUCCAUGUUAUCCAGAACCUGAAUGAUCCCAAAGCUACCACAUAUGAGAUCAUCUGUCAGCAGUCCAAUGACUCAGAGCAGCCUGUCUAUGUAAGGAAAUGCUACGUUUCACCACAGCCACCAGCUGGGCCGUGCAAAGACAGCAGUGUCCUGGAGCCCGAACCGCAGCAUCUGCCAUCUUCCCAGGAAAAUGCAAGGGAGCUCAAGGAGCCUAGGAAAGGUGAGACUCGGGAAAGGUCUGCAACAGCGGUAAAGGAAGGGGCUCAGCAGGCUUCUGCCCCUGAGUUGGAUGGCUUGAAGGGUGACACCAGCCAGGCUGAGCCCAGGGAAGACAGGAGGGACCACCAGAGUCCCUGGGUGCAUGAUGUGGAAGAGAAGAAUCGUCAGCCAGAGGGUGAUGGACCAAAAGACACUGGAGAGGAAGUCUCACAGGAAGCCGAAUCCCAAGGAAACAAAGACAGGGAGGCCAAGAGCCAACCACCUCCAUCCCGGGCUCCAGAGCUGCAGGAAGCUCACAAGCAGGGCCAGCAAGCUGAAGAGGAGCCACAUCACCCAGUACCCCAAAAGGACGAAGCUGGCUGCUGCCACGAGGAUGCAGAGCUCCCCUCAGCAGAGAGGAGCCGCCAGACACGAGAAGAGGAAAACAGCAAAAGGAGCUCCCAGCAAGAGGGUACCACUCAGCCUCAACAUGAGGAGGAACACAGUCCCAUGGCCCCACAAGAACAAAGCCAUCCUACCGGGGAUGAGGCCAAGGCACCCUGA